AUGGGCUCCGAUGACACGCGCAUGAUCCUCCCGCACCGUGGGAUGCACGCCAGCACGCUCGCCAUGGAUCUCCAGCGCGGCUGGCUUGUUGGUGGCAUCACCGCGCUCAGCGGCAAGGUCGACCUCACUACACGCUCUUUCUCUUCCUCCGGUGCCUCGACGAGCAAUCAGGUCGUGGUACCUUUGCGCGCCCACAACUCUGCGCAAUCCGCUCGAAUGUCCGCGCGUCCGUCCGCGUGUUCGGCUUGCCUGCCCUCUCCUCCGCCCGUCCGCCCGCCUGCCUACACGCCCGCCGCUUGCCCGCCCACACGCCCCGAGUCGCACUCCCUCUCGCUUACGGCCCCUGUCGCAUGCGUCUUCUCGCUCACGCUCUCGUGCACCUGCUCGGCCGGCCUGUCACCCACUCGCCCAAGCAAUCGCCCACGCGAUCGUCCAUUCGUCUACGCGCUCACUGGCCUGCGGACCCACAUACUUGCCCGUGGACCCACGGACCUGCUCUGCACCCGCCGUGCGGAGCCCGUACCCGCUAUCGCGGGUGUCUCCAGAGAUGUCGCGUUUCUGUGCGAUCUGCGAGAGGCUUUAGGUUAUAGUGGCGAGAAGAACUGGCAACAACAUGAGAACGGAAAAGAACACCAGAAAAAGCAAGGUUCCACAGGCAAGAACUUGAAGGUAAGGUCGAUCACGUCGUUCUUCGCCGUUCGCCCGGCUGGACCAGUCGCAGGACUCGCGGCAGACGUGCCUGCUCCACUGCCGCUUCGUGCUGCAAGCUUGCAGCGACGUCCGAGGCUGUUCACGAAGAUGCUGUUCGCAGCGAUGAUCAUGCAAUGCGUCAUCAUCAUCGACAGUGACUCGGAUGACGCUCCUAUCCCCGAGCCUCUGUGUGCAGUCCUCAAUGGCUUCCUGGGCUAUGGGGCGACGGAUGAGACAAUCGCCGCCUUGAUUCGUCGCGGUCCGCUUGGGAUUGAUGGCCUGUGUGGAUGGCUCAAGUGGCCUGACAUCCCGACCGAUCGCACGCAGCGUUCUGUAGCGGAUGCUCUCCUCCUCGGCGUCAGCGCCCGUCGUUGGCCGCCACGGUCGACCAUUGCAAGACCUUUGUCUCACGGAAAGCGGCCCCCUCGAUAG